AAUGAGUCUCAGAAAGACAAAGAUAAAACCUCAGAGGAGGAUGACUCAGUGAAAUUAUUUCUAGCGAGCCUAGAAAAGAAGUCGAGUAACAAAGACAAAACGGGAGCUAAGAUUAAUGAAAACUUAGCAAAGAACGUUACGUCGUUAAUGCGGCAAAAACCAGAGGAGGAUUACGAGAAAAAUGUCUUGGAUAAGAUUUGCAGACCUGAAAAUUGUGCAGGUUUAUCAAAAAUCACUGUUAAUCAGGUGAUUUGGGAUCGUAUCUCUGCUGAGGCGAGAACUACAGACGUAAAAAUGCAGCGUGUGCAAAACGCGUUAGUAAAAGGAACAACAAGUGUGGCGUUAAUUGCCAAUAACAUUCUUGAAAUUCUCGCUCAUAAAGAAGCAAGUGAAGAACAAAAACUCGAGCAAGUUUUGAAUAAUAUAUGGAAAACUACUGAGGACGCUCUAGUUUGCCUUGGAGGUGCUAAUUGGGAAUUAGCACAAAGGCGUCGAGAAUUAUUAAAGUCCCAAAUAUCAAAAGACUAUGGGCAUUUGUGUGCGCAAAAAGUGCCUUUCACUGACAUGCUCUUUGGAGAAAACGUYACGAAACAGAUUAAGGAUAUUACAGAUGACAAUAAAGUCACUCACAAAAUAUUAGAUCAUAAAUGGCGACGUGGCUCACGUGGUAGCUCAAGAGCAGCCUAUCGUGGACGAGGACGUGGUUAUGGUAGAGGACGUUUCACACCAUACCAGAAGCCUUUUUUAGGGAAUUCGAACAAUUCCCGCCAGUCAUACUCGAAAGGGAAGAGUUCCACUUCAACGGACACAACAGCAAAGAAGUGACUUCAAACAUACAGCUUACUGGGGAAAUGUUUACAAAAAAUCAUGUUGGAUCAAGCAGAAGCUAUUGUUGUAAUGCCAAAUUGGCCGACUCAGACGUACUACAGCAAGGCCAUGGAAAUGCUGAUAGACCAACCUCUUUUGUUGCCC